GCCCCUCGUUUAGCAUAUCCCCGCCCCCACCACCACCAGCCCCGCCCUUCGCCGGCCUCAACGCGCUGAGCCCGCCCUCAUAUCCGCGUUCAGCCCCGCCCUCCCAGCCCGUCUUCCGGGCUGCGUCGCGGCUGCGCAGUCCGGCCGUUUGUCCACGCCGGGAGACGUUGUGGCCGGGUUUGCGGGACUCGGUGGAUUCCGUCCGUCUCCACCAUGUGGGGCCAACGGCAGGGUCGCCUCCGGCCGCUGUCCUGCGGGGUGGAGGAGCUACGGCAGCGCCGCCGGGAGCGGGAGGCUGCCCUGCGGAAGGCGCGGCGGGAGCAGCACCUGGUCAGCAAGCGGCUGCUGAGAGAAGACGCCCCGGGGGAAGCCGGCAGCCCCCACGCCGCCGAGGUGUUUGGGGAGGCGGAGGUCAAGCACUUCCUCUCACUAGCCCAGCGAGGGACAGAUGAAAAGGAGAGAGAAAAGGCUCUGGUCAGCCUUCGUCGAGGCCUACAGCAUCCUGAGACCCAACAAACCUUCAUCAGGCUGGAGGGCAGCAUGCGGACCCUUGUGGGGCUCCUGACCAGCAACCGGGCCUUGUUGCAGCUUGAGGCAGCCCGGUGCCUCCAUGAACUCUCUCAUUCUGAAAUCUCGGCGGUGGCUGAAGCCUGCUUGCCAGCCACUUCCUACCUCCUCACCUACCUCUCUGGUCACAGCUCAGAAUUCGUAGAGCUGUGUCUGUAUACACUGGGAAACCUCAUCGUGGAGAGUGAGGCCGUGAGAAGGCAGCUCCUGCCACAGGGCAUUGUUCUAGCCUUUGCCUCCUGCAUCCAGUCCCCCCACAUGGCCGUGCUGGAAGCCCUUGGAUAUGCCUUGUCUCAGCUCCUGCAGGCCAAGGAAGCUCCAGAGAAGAUCAUUGUCUCUGUCCUGGACUCCACUCUCCCCCAGCACAUGCUGCGAUUGAUGCAACCUGGUCCAAAGCUCAACCCUGGGGUCGCUGUGGAGUUUGCCUGGUGCCUCCACUACAUCAUCUGCAGCCAGGUCAACAAUGCCUUGCUCAUCACCCAUGGGGCUCUGUCUACCCUGGAGCUGUUGCUAUUAGAUCUGGCUGGGGCUGUUCAAAGAAUGGAGGAUGAAGGACUGGAACUACUCGCAUGUCCCGUGCUUCGCUGUCUAAGCAACCUGUUAGCUGAGGUGCCGGUGGAGGCUGUGGAAUGUCAAAUGCAGCCGAUAGAUGAGCGGGUUGUAGUAGCCUUAUUUAUCCUCUUCCAGUUCUUCCUUCAGAAACAGCCCACCUUGCUUCCUGAGGGCCUGUGGCUCCUCAACAAUCUUACUGCAAACAGUCCUGCUUUCUGUACAUCAUUGCUCUCUCUGGACCUGAUUGAACCCCUCUUGAAGUUGUUGCCACUAUCUAAUGUGGUGAGCGUCCUGGUACUCACGGUUCUGUGCAACAUUGCAGAGAAGGGGCCAGCUUACUGCCAGCGGCUGUGGCCAGGGCCCCUGCUCCCUUGCGUGCUGGAAACUCUGGCCCUUUCUGACACUGAAGUAGUAGGUCAGAGUUUGGAGCUGCUGCGGCUGCUAUUCCUUUAUAAGCCAGAGGCUGCCCAGGCUUUUCUACAGCAGUCAGGGCUGCAGGCCCUGGAAAGACACCAGGAGGUCCAGCUGCAGGAUCGCGUGCAUGCUCUCAGGCAGAUGGUUCUUCAUAGGUGAUCUGGUUUCUUGAUGUUGAAUAACCCCACCCCCGACACACAUACAUGUUUGGCCUAUUUUCUUUGGAGGAAACUAAGGAGCCUUUGUGGGUUAGAACCAUUAUGAGGUCUUAUGCUCUCUGUUCUUAUAACUAGGUCAAGACCUUUGGAAUCCACCCCUGCAACCCCUCUCCCCUCCCAGUACUGUACAGAACUAAGGACUAGAGGGCCAUCUGUGUUUUCCAUUUGUUCUCACCAUCCUCCUUUCUCUUGUUUUGCUUUAGCAGCUAGUGGCUUUUUAUAUAACCAAGGUAGGCAGUGAACUCGAUUCUCCUCCUGCUUUAUCCUCGUUAGCUCUUUGAUUACUGACUGACAUGCACCACCAUGACAGCAGGUGGUGGUUUUUAAGAAGAAAUAAAGUUUUAUUUUUCUAUUAAACUGCUUCAGUGGUUGUUGUACAGUAAGAAGUAGAGUAAAAUAAGGACAAGAACAUCC